AUGACAACUGCUGCCCGACCAACAUUUGAACCAGCCCGUGGUGGUACGGGCCGUGGAGAAAAUGAUCUUAGUGCUCUUUCAGUGCAAUAUUCUAGCAGAGAUUUACCAUCCCAUACAAAAUUAAAAUACAGGUACUUACCUAAUUAACUGCUUAUAGUAGUCUAUUUAAUAAUAAUUUAUAAUACGUUUUGUUAUUUAAUGAAGAGAACCUGGACAAGGUACAACCGAAGAACUCCAGAAACAAGAUUUUGCCAAAAUAUUAGAAGAAAAAGAGAAAGGAGUGACUAAAUCCAUAAGUGGUGGUGAACCCUCAUUGUACGUGUUAUAUUUUUAUUAUAUUCAUAUUUUAAAUUUUUUUAAUUUUGUGAAUGUAAUUUAGGAAAAAAAUACGACCUGAACAUGUACCGAUUGCGACAUUGGAUGUUGAUGACCCAUUAGAUUUAGAUGCAUCUGAUGAUGAUGAUAGCGAUGAUGAUGCAGAAGAAUUAAUGCUAGAACUACAAAAAAUAAAAAAAGAAAGAAUGGUUGAAGAAGCUCGCAUGGUAAUAAAUCUGACCUGUACUACCUAAUAUAUAAUCCUAUAUAUUUAAAAAAAAAAAAAAAAUAAUAAUAAUAAUAAUUAGAAAUCUUAUUAGAAUAUUUUUAAUUUGAUUUAGUAUAAGUUACACAAAUUAUCUGAUUUCGGUUUAGAGAACAUAUUAUUCAUAAAGUAUAGAAUCCAUAAAAUAACAACAAUAUAUUUUUGCCAAAUCAUCAAAAUAUAUUUAUUUAUUUGUGUGUUUAUUAAGAGCAAUUGUACAAUCUGUAUAUGUAUGGUACAAUAAGCACAAGUGAUCACAAUGAGUAUUUGAAAGUGAUCCAGUGAUAGCACUUUUGUAGAAGUACCAAAAUAUUUAAACUAUUUUAGAGCUCCAAGUGCUCACCUUCAUUUUUGUUUAGUUGGAUUUUUUAAAUUUUUUUUCUAAAAAAGCAUAAACACUAAAUUUAGUCAUUAUUGUUAUAAUUAUUUAAAUAAAUAUUUACAUUUUUUUUUACUGUAACUGUAAGCUCAAUUAAUAUAUAAUUUUUAGUUACAAUUUUCAUUUUAACCACAUAAUAUCAAGUAUGUUGAUAACUGCACUAGUUUUAAUAAUAGUUAUUUCCUAGAAAAACAUUUGAAAUAUCCUACAAAAUAAGUGAACUUCAAUUUAAUAUUGCACAGAUUACUAUUUUAAAUUGAAACUUGAUGAUUGUUUCAUUUUAAAUACCUAGUUUAGUUAACCAUCUUUCGAAAAAGUGAAUACAAAUAAAUUUAAAGGUCCUUUAUUAAGCCAUAAAACUAGUAUGUGGUAAUUACUAAUAGGCUACUAUUAAACUAAUAUUCUAUAUUUAAAUUUAAAUAUUCUUGAAUUUUAAAAUUAAGUUAUAACAUAUUUAAUCUGUGGUCAAAUUUUUCACAGAAAUAUCAUUUGUUCAAUACCAAAUAUAAUUCUGUCUUAACAAAAUUCAAUUAAACAGUAUAAGGAGUUCUAAUUAAAACUGGUUGGAUUAUCCCAUUAUAAAUGUGUGUGAAGAGAACUGGUGAAAGUAGAUACCAAGGUGUAUGAUAUUUGCAGAUAAUACAGCUUUGAUAGGAGAAAAUCUAGAAUAAGUUAGCAAUAAGUUUAAAAAAUAGAGUAGUAAUUAAAGGAAAAGGACUCUGGUUAUAUAGAAAUAAAAUAGAGUAUGAGUUUGGAAGAAUAGGACUAGAGAGCUAACAAAAAUAGGUGGUAAUAGACGAUGUUGAGAGUUAAGUACCUAUGAUCUUUCAUAUAAAAUAAUGGUGGCUUUUUUAUAUUGUUGUGAAAUAUAUGAUUAUGUGUGAUUGGAUUAAAUGGAGGGAAUCGGCAGGUAUUUUGUAUGUGACAAGAGAAUUUAAAUGUAAGUUCUAAAAAAAUGUGGCGAGUCUGAUACAUAUUUGCUAGUAUUAGAUAUGAGAAUACUUGGUGAAUGAGUGAAGUGAUAAAUGAAGAUAGGUUAAGCAAUGAAUACAUAAGAGGUAAUUUAGGUAUGGAUUUGAUAGUAGACAAAAUUAAAGAAAAUAGACUGAAAUGGUUGAGUAUGUUAUGGGGAGAGAGGAAUCUGUAGCAUGUUUAGACAUUUGAGAUUUUUUUUGUACAUAUGAGUAUAAGCUCUUUGAUUUCUUGUAUCUAUAAGUAGAGAAAUCUGCAUCUUUGUGAUAAAGUGCACUGAUAUGUGAUGUUCGAUAAUAAUAACUUUAAGUUUAAGUGUUUCUGUGAGUGUAUACCUUAGUUUUAAGAAAAAAAGUUUAAACAUCCGCCUUUAUAUUCGACUACACUACUUUAUGCAUUUAUAUGUAAAGUUUUAUUAUAACAAUUUGUUUUUAAAAAUGAAUCAAGUUGUACAACUAAGCAUAUUAUAUGCUGAAUUUGUGUAAAGCUUGAUUUAUUUGGCAACACCGAGAUACCUUUUAAUACUUAAUUCAAAUCAAAAAUGAUUGAAUCAAAAUCAUGAGAAGUUAUUUCUGGUUAUUAUAUCUAAUUGUAUGGAUUAUUUAGGGAAAAAAAUUAAAUAAUUAUUUACUUACUUUUGUUGUUAUACUCCAUUUCAUUUUAUGUUUUAUUUUUAUGCAUUAUCUAAUUUAAGUCUAAAUUAAAUAAAUACACAUUUUUCUUUAUCAGCAGUAAGUUAUCUCUCUUUUAAGAAGUUUUUAAUGUUCUCAAAAAAUUAACGGUUCCCACCACAUAAUAGAUAUGAGUAAUGAACAAAAAAAAAGCAAAAAAAAUAAAGGUCUUCAGCUCCCUCAAAUGUCAAAUACUAUUUGUGCCUAUGCUGGCAUAUUUGAAUUUUUGAACUCAUCUAACUAUUUGUAUUAGACGGUUUUGACUGUCCUGAUUAGUUAACAUUUUGCAUUUCAUAAAUGACCUUCCCAACCUAUUCUCCUGUUUUUCAUUUCAACUAUUUCAUACCAGUGGUUUUGAAACCAGGCAUUCACAAGGUAUUUAGUCUUUUGAAAUAGGUUUUCCUUAAAUUGUGACUGACCAUUGAUGGUGAUCCAUCUGUUGAGUAUGAGGUCUUAAUUUUUUUGAUUAUGACCCAUUUGAAUAUCAUCAAUUUUGUAAUUACUUCUAAUUUUUCACAAAAAUUAAAUAAUGACAAAAAAAAAAAGGUCAGUGUGCCGUGGUCAAAAAAAUUUUGAAAACCACUGAUCUAUUACUAUUUAUGAUUUAGGUUUUAUUACUUAUAGGUCAAUAUUAAUAUGCCUUGCUCUUAAAGGGUAUACUUGCAGUAUUCAGUCAAGUGAUUAUUAGUGCUAUUAAAUACUUUACUUUUCAUUGUGAGAAUGACCCUGAGAAACAAAUAUAUAUGUGAGCAUUAUGUUUACUUAUUAAUUAUAUUGUUACUUGUAUAUUUCUUUAUAGGAUGCAGAAAAACGUGAAGCUGAAGAACAAAUCAGAAUUCAAAAUAUUCUUCAAGGAAAUCCACUAUUGAGCUAUGGACCAGGUGCAGCACCAAAAGUUAACCAAAAAGUCAAGAGGCGCUGGAAUGAUGAUGUGGUGUUUAAAAAUUGUGCACGCACAGAACCAGAAAAAAACACAACUUUUAUCAAUGAUUGCAUUCGUUCAGAUUUCCAUAGGAAAUUUAUGGAUAAAUAUAUAAAAUAA